GGAGUGUGCGAAAAACUUUACUUAUAUUUAUUGAGGAAACUCCAUCACGGAGUGUGCGAAAAAAUUUUCUUACAUUUAUUGAGGAAAUGCUUGCCUACCCAAAUGGUGAAUUGUUUUCUAGGCGGGAUCUGGCCAUCAAAUCUCGUGCAGCAACCCCAAAAUAUGGCACUUUUACACGUCAGCAGGUAACUGAUCAGAUUAAUCCAAAUAUGCUAAGCAAGGCACCACCUGUUCCUAUUCCUCAACUCCAACCGACGGGAAACACUCCGUGUCAGAAAAAAGAGUUUAAAAAUCUGAGCUGCGAUUUCGGGGAAGGGGUUUACAUGGGGUGGACAGGGAAGAUAUAUAUCGAUAUAAAUCUGGCUCGGGAUGUGAUAGCGGAGGACAAGUGCAACAUAAAGAACUCAGGGGAGAAGCGGAUUCUAGGGGAGUAUAAUGAGAUUGAAUCCAAUCCCUCCCACGAUUUCAAGUGCCUCAAGCUCGCGUGUAACAAAUAUGAAUGGCAAUUUGCAAUCAGAGGCCCAAGCGGAACUGAAUUCGAGGGUGGGAUUUAUCAUGGGGUGGUCAAGUUUUCAGAGGGAUACCCAUCGAAGCCUCCUUCAAUCAUGUUUUUGACGAAAAAUGGUCGCUUCAAAAUCCAAACCAACAUCAGCUCAAGGCUGUUAUCGAACUGGCAGUCACCAAGGAGCGUGAGAAAUGCUUUACUUACACUUAUUGAGGAAAUGCCCACCUACCCAGAUGGUGAUGAAGAAUUCGAUUCAGUAAAAUACAAUAAGUACAAUAAGGAAGAAAGGCGUGCCCUGGCCAUCAAAUCUCGUGCAGCAGCCCCAAAAUAUGGAACUCCUGAAUGUCAGAAGGUAAUUGAUGUGAUUCAUCAAUAUAUGCUAAGCAAUGCGCCACCUGUUCCUCAACCCCAACUGAGCAGCCCCUCGCAGACCUCCAAACAGCAUGAGCAUUUUUAUUUCCAAAAUCAUGGAGCCAAAAGAAAGCAUGGCAUUUUGCGUUCGAUGAAUGAGGCCCUCGACCCCAUGAUAACCAAAAACAAUUGGGUUUUCUUUUUCGUCAGUACUUUUUUGCUUUCAUCAAUACUUUUUGGAUUUUGGUCGUCACGCCAAGAGUGAUGAACUGACAGAGGUGAUCUCGUCCUUUCAUUUCCUUGCUGGGGAGAUAAUUCCUCCUGUAAUAUUAUAAAUUAUAACAAAAAAAUAGAUACAUAUAUGUGUGUGUGUGUAUUUUUGUUAUUUUAUGUUUAAAUUUGUAAUAAAAUAAUACUAGUCAAAGAAUAUUGAUCUCAUUUAUAAGGCGGUGAUUGUUACCUAGCCUUUAAUUGGUUUGAUUGAAACUUAGAAAAAU